AUGCCGGGAAUUGACAAGAUACCUCCGUUCCCUGAAGAUGUGCCCACACAUCCUCUGCUCGUUGUCGACUAUCAGCUCAUUCAAGCGGGUGACGAGAAUGAAGUGGAUAAGCUCUGGAAGGCAGCGACACAACUUGGUUUUUGGUAUCUGAAAAACCAUGGUGCAGAUGAAGAGGUAGACGCCAUGUUCGAGAUGGGAGCAGAGACGAUGGCACUGCCACUCGACGAGAAGAUGCAAUUUGAGCAAGGUGACGAAGGGAUAUCAUUCGGGUACAAAGCAGCAGGAGUGAAUGCGAUUGACGAAAAGGGAAAUGUCGAUGCUACGGAGUUCAUCAAUGUGUCCAAGGACGACGCCCUCGCAUUUCCGAAGAUCGUCCAUCGCACGUAUCCGCGUACCGUCAAUGUACGCAUGGAUGCCACCAUCAUCCCAUUCGUGCGCAAAUCGCUUGAGAUCAAUGCUACACUGCUCGAGGUGCUCAAUGCCAAGCUGGGCCUUCCAAAAGGAACACUCGCGAGACUGCACAAAGACGAGGAGCAGAGCGGGUGCGUGGCUAGGGUGAUCAAGACGCCUCCCCAGGGCAAAGAUACAAUUGAUGAAGAUAAGGCCCUGCUUUCGGCACAUACGGACUUCGGAUCUCUCUCGUUCUUACACAACCGGCUCGGAGGAUUGCAGGUGCUUGCACCCUGUACGGACAAGUGGCAAUAUGUCAAGCCACUGCCUGGGCAUGCGAUUUGCAACAUUGGUGACUCCUUGCACAUCUUCAGUGGUGGAAUUUUGCGCUCGAACGUGCAUCGUGUCAUUGCCCCUCCGAAAGAGCAAGCAAGCUACGAGCGCUGUUCUCUUGUGUUCUUCACUCGUGCGAACGACUCCAUAGAGCUAUGCCCGCUCAUUGAGGAGAGUCCCCUUAUUGCAAACACCGUCGCUUCGGCUCCGAACGCGCGAGCGCGUUUCUGGCCGGGUGUCACAGCGAAGGAGUGGCUCUUAAGGAGGAACAAAUAUCAAAGAAUCAACAACUUCAAAGGCCCCGAAAGCUACAAGGCAAGCUUGGGCACGGAGGACUACUCCUCCAUCACGAGGGUAAAAGAGCUUGUUGCGGGGGAGACUGGAAGCGUGCAGUCGAUAACGGCUUGA